GGGAGAGGGGGGAGAGAGAGACGGCAGGAGUUGUGUCAUCGAUUAUCGAUCGCCGAGUCGCGCGAGUUUCGAGUUGCUCGAAACACUGAGCAUCGGGGAAUAUUCGUACGAUUUCGACGCGCCGUUUUCAACGAGAGAGAGCGAGAUUGCCACGACGACGACGACGACUCGCGUGCGCCGAGUCCUCCGAUAAUCCGCAUCCGGCUGGCGUUGCGAAUCGCCGACACGCCGCAAUUGCGAUCACGCGCUUAUCCAAUUCUCCCAAGACGAGAGCGAUGUGCGAAUAAAGAAUCAACGGUGCCGCCUCGCCCGUAGCGAACUCGAUUGGCCGAACGAUCCGAUUAGAUCCUACCCUGUCCAGUGGGACAUUCGAUAGAGAAGAAAAGGGACGAAAGAAGGCAGAGAGAGAGAGAGAGAGAGAGAGAGAGAGAGAGAGAGAGAGAGAGAAAGAGAGAGAGAAAAAGGGAGAGAGAGAGAGAGAGAGAAAAAAGUAAGAGAAUUCUCACAAGACCGGAGGACGGAUUUACGGCGGAAAGUCGAUACGCAAAAUGCGGGGGUGAGCGGCGCGGCGGGAAGCGCGGAAAAUCGGUCGGCAGCCUCGGAAAACUCGGUUUCUCGCCCAUUAGCACGGUCCUGAGGCGCGUUUUCGCCGCGGUGGCACGGGCGCGGCACACGCGAAAAAUCUGCGCCUCUUCAUAGGGAGGCCGCGGUUUUCCUGCGACGCAGCGGAGUCGGGAGAUCACGCGGCCGUCGUCGCGUCGGCGGUGUCGUCUUCGGCGCGACGUGCAGUGCGAGCGCGAGAAGCCGCCAAGGCGCGAUCGUCGGCCGUCUCUCGUGGCGCGACAAGCGAGACGGUAAAACGCGAAAUCCAUCGACGAGGACGAGAAGGAGAAGUAGCAGCAGCAGCAGCAGCAGCAGCAGCAGCAGCAGAAGGAGAAGCAGCUACCCGUGCGUCGAUCCGCGUGUCAUCGAUCGGGAUCCACGCGUUCCCGUGCGCGGAAGAGAGUCGCGCGCGAGCGCGCGCGCGCGCGUGCGCUCGGCCGCCCGGCCGGCCCGCUCGCUCGCUCGAUCGGCCGAUCGAUCGCGAAAGUGAGACGCACGGUGAGACGGAAAUCGUCCUCGAGAAGAAAAGUGGGUGACGCGCGGAAACGGGAGGCGCGACUCGGCCUAGGAUGUCGGAUGAACUGGAGAAACAGCGGCCGGCUGCUGCGUCGAGUGCAGGAGGAUGCUGAUGACGACGAAGACGAAGACGACGAGGACGACGAGGCCGAGGACGACGACGAUAAGGAUGACGAUCGCGGCGCUCUUGACGAAGGAGUCUUGAGAAACACGUUGGACUCUGCGAAACUUGGGCUACUGUUUCCACGGAGCUUCGAGCGGGAGACGCGUUGCAGCGAGAGAUUCCCGCGCAGGAGAGGAAGACUGGACAAAGCGGAAGAAGCAGAAUAAGACGAGCAAAGCAGAAGCGGAGGAGCAGAAGAGCGAGAAAAGACCGAGAGCCGAACGAGUAAAAGCGGGGUUGCGAGGAAGAAAGUGAUUAGCGAGUUGAUUGUGCGAAUCCGAAAAUAGCGAGGGAGCUGACAGAGGACGGAAAGAUCGGGAGUAGCUAUACGGAAGCACAGAAAAAGAGAGCGAGCGAGAGAGAGAGAGAGAGAGAGAGAGAGAGAGAGAGAAAGAGGCAGUGGGAGAUAGAGAUAGCGAUAAAGCAGGCGAUAGACAGAAAGAGAGAGAGAGAGAGAGAGAGAGCGAGAGCGAGAGCGAGAGCGAGAGUGAGAGAGAGAGAGAGAGUGUGAGAAAACGAAGCAAGAAUCGGAGAGAAGCUCGACAGAGAACCCCGCGCUGCAUACAUAUAUAUUUCAGUGUGUUCAAAAAACGAGUGUACCUAAGUGCAAUAUUUAAUUAAACCUAAACGAUAAUAAGAAGCAACCACAAUUACCAUCGACGAUAUCGGUAACGACGAGCGGUGAUCGAUAAUCGAAUAGAAUUCCUUUUAAAGAGUUAAAACGCUAGAGUCGCAUUUCGAGGAGGAGUCAUCGACGGACGCGACAGCCGCUACGGAGUAGAGAGGGUCGGCGUGUAAAGCAGAGGCGGAAGCCGAGGAGAAGAAGAAGAAAAAAGAAAGAAGGAGCAGAGAAACGGGGAGUGACGGAAAUCCCGGAGAGGAGCACUCUCGUCCCGCUUAAAAGAAUUCACACGGACUCACCGACAGGCGAGAGACACGCGCGCGACAGCGAGCACACUUUUUCGAAGGCUGGGCGCGCGUACUCUCUCGCGCACGCACGCACGCGCACACACACACACACGCGCGCACAUACACACACACACACACACACAACAUCGCACGCACAUCCAACAUAACGGGGCUAAAAUACUCAGGGCAAAACGGGACGAGCGGUAAUCAUCCGCGAGUGUGAUUUCUCACCCCGAAGAGGUAGAAGAAGCAGAAGAAGAAGUGAGGAAGCAGAAGAAGGAGGAGGAGACAGAAGAAGAAGAAGAGGAGAAAGAGGAAGAAGAAGAAGAAGAAGAAGAGCGGAAGCCUCACCCGACCGAUAUCUGAUUCGCGUCCGCGUGGACUAUCCUUCUCGUUCACACCGUCCGGGCUGGGCAAUCCUGAAUUUUAACCUGAACUUAAGUGUAUGCUAGAGUUUAAGUUAGAUAGACGAAGGAAAUAGAGGCCGUUCUCCCAUUCGUUGGAGGACGUUCGCUCGCGCGCGCGCAGCAACUCACGCAAAGUAACACGCGUAAAGCGUUUCACACACAACACA